GUCGGAAAUGUGGAGGGGGAUAUUCGUUCCUCUCAAGGUCAUCUACACUAAGUGGUCUGAAGUAGAUGAUACGUACUGGGAAAUUCUUAUAUUCCUACAUCUGCCGCUCAUCAUCAGUACGAUGGUCAAGCUCUUUCGAGAGCGCACAAAAUCCAGUCAAUCUUUAUCCAAGCUCUGACCCAAAUGCUGUUUUCAAGAAACCUAUUGAACUCAACGCGUCAGGGAGCCAAGACAGCUUUGCCGGAUAUAUUCCUAUAGAUGAACUUCAAAUAUCCUACUUGUACUCAGGUGGUCCAGGAGGACAACAUGUAAACAAAAAUAAAACAAAAGUGGAAGUACGAUUUCAUGUUCCAUCAGCGUCAUGGAUACCAGAGAAAGUUAAACAACUUUUUAUGGAAAGGGAGGCUAAUCGUAUCAACAAAGACAAUUACUUUAUUAUUACAUCAGAUCAUACUCGAAAACAAAUAUUAAAUCAAGCUGACUGUUUAGAACGGAUUCGUCGUAUUGUCAGAGAAUGUGUGAAUGUGUUAAAUAAACCUGAACCAAGUCCUGAAACAUUAGAGAAAAUUCAACGUCAAAAAGUGAAAGCCAAUGAGAACAGACUACGUGAGAAAAAGUCUAAAUCAUAUACCAAGCAGUUACGACAAGAAAAUGGUACAACCGACUUAUUCUAAUCACUUGUUGUGAUGUUUUCUAUGCUAGGAUGAAUGGUAGAAACAAAUUGCAGUAUAUAUUAUAUACUAUUGAAAUAA